CGGCAUCUUAUCUGUGGGAGUCCAUCAACCAAAUCAAGGUCAACUGAAUCGCCAAAGUUCUCGCGGGUUCUUCGGAACUCUUCAGAAACCCCUCGCAUGACAAGGCAGGCAUACCCGACGAGAUCGGCUCAGGCAGCCGACUCCCGUGACCGGGUGCUUCCCCGGCCUUGCAUAGGUACUGAUCCUCCCCGCUGUCGACCGUCCAUCAGGAAUCCAGACUAUUGGCACAACAUUCGCUCAAUUCUCAACAAAUCGAGGGCAGAGAGGAAAUUGUUGAGCACGCAUCACCUUCACCCCACAAUAUGCCUCGUCGAAAGCGUCCUCACGUUCCGAAAGUCAAAGGUUGCUACGAAUGCUCGCAGCGACGAAUCAACUGCGAUCGUACAGAACCGCAGUGCACCAAAUGUACGUCCAAAGGAAUCGUCUGUAGUGGUUUUGGCGUUCGAUACCGAUUCCGCGAAGAGGUCAGCACGCGAGGUAGUAUUCGACGCCGCGGUGAUAGGACUGAUGGAUUAUACAGCAAGUUUUCAGCGCAGUCCCAAGAUACUCAGCAUGUCUCUUGCGCGACCUCAUCCACCACGCCAGCAGACCCUGACAGCUAUCUUACUCUCCUCGACACACACACGGGGCUAACAGACCACUACCCUACGGACGCCCUUGCCGCCAUUGAGACAGCAUACGUGUUUCCUCUUAUGGAUGGGCUUGACUUGGUGGCGCCACGGAGUGAAUACCUGCUCACGUACUGUAAGCUCUGAUACCCCGCGUCCACCUGAGAAACAGCAGAUGGUAACCGCUCAAGUCUCUAACUAUAUUGCACCCCAAAUGGUGGUCAUGGAUGACAGCUACAAUGGAUGGCGAUGUUUUAUUCUCCCAUUUGCCUGCGCCGACGAGAUGGUGAUGGAUGCCGUGUCCGCCGUGUCGGCCUUUCACAUUUGCGAAAAAGGCGGCCGCCAACGCGAUCAUCGACCUGAUAGACUGUAUGCAAAAGUCAUCUCGGGACUCCAAAGCAGGAGCCUUUUCAGGGAUUGUGACUUGCAGACAAGACACUCGAUCUUCCUCGCGAUCAUAGUUCUCCUGGUGGGUGUUAUGGUCAACGGAUCCUCCGAUUUUCCCAUCCUUUUCUACAUGUUGCAGUCUGCGCUCGAGGCAGUCGGAGGGGAAGCCGGUCUUGGAGAUGGCGAGUUGACGAGGUUUCUCAUGCGUCAGAUUCGCAAAAUGCGAGUCUACGCAGCGCCAUUACUCAGUCAAAAGGCCGGGGUGCAGACAAUCCUGUCCUCUGCCCAGAAAAGCUUCGACUGCUUAUACUUCAACUCCGGCUUGCAUCCCGAUCACCUAUCGACGUUUGAUCUUAUUGUGGGUCUUCGGCAGCAAGCAUAUGACAUCUACUUACAGCGAGCCAUGCUGGGACGCCGAAGCCAACGACAUGUGGAGCGCAUCGGACGCUUCAUAGAUACCCUUCAAUCACUUCCAGAUGACGCUCCAGGCCAGCAUACCCUUGUAUGGCCAUCGUUUAUUGCAGCGUCGGAAAGCUGCACCCCCGAGCAUCAACUCUUCUUCAAGCAAUUCUUAGAGAACCAGUAUCGUCUGAACGGUUUCUCUAAUAUCUUGAAGGCAAUCGCGCUGCUGGAACGAAUAUGGACGGCGGAUGAUGGUGAUACAUGGCCUGCCUUGCUUCCUGAGUCACGAUUAUUUGUCAUGUAGGUCUUGCUAACUUGUCUCUGCAUCAAUAUGCAUCAGGGUGUUUGAAGAAUUCUUAUUUAACGGAGAGUUUUGAAUUAUUUUCCUGUCAGCAAAUUGAGCCUAGCAUGUUUGUGUUGUUCAUUGAUGUCAUCCAUGUAUGUACCUUAGAAUGAGAAUUAUGUCGGUUAUGAUUGGUU